AUGGUCUGUGCACCCACAGUCAUUACCAUAGUGUUGUUGGUUUCUGGGGCUCGCGCCUUAGGAGUCGCUCACAAAAGAACUCACUUCCCUCUACCCCCCAAACCAACCUUUGCCGCAUUCCGGUGGCGUAUUCGCCGGAGACCUGUUAUCACCGUGGGCGUCGAUCUUCACCUCGCCAUCGCACUUUGCGUCUUCGCCGUCGUUGCAUACGGCGGCAUCUUCAUCUAUUCGUUUGCGCGUGCGCAACCCGACUUCUCCAUAGCUACCGCCUAG